UGCCCACUUGACCACAAUCAAAGCAAAACAAAACCGCUGCCAAGAGGAAGACACCAAAACGGAAUUUAUGCGAGUGAAUGGUCCGAUCCAUAUUUCUCUUACAUCUUCCUCUUCCGGUCUUCGUCAUUCAUAUCUCUAUUGGAUUCACUUUCUCUCUCUAAAUAUUAAAUUUAAUAUCUGUAGAUCCAUCUAUUCGCGUUCUCUUCUCGAUCUACACGUAAAAUUAAGAAUCCCAAUCUUCUCAAAACUGUAAAUUAAUCAACCAAUUCGAUUCUGGAUCAACAUCACCUGCUCAUGCGAUGGUAGUCUGCAAAUGUCGCAAGGCGACCAAGCUCUACUGUUUUGUUCACAAAGUUCCUGUAUGUGGGGAAUGCAUUUGUUUUCCGGAGCACCAAAUAUGUGUGGUACGUACUUACUCGGAGUGGGUAAUUGAUGGAGAAUACGACUGGCCUCCCACAUGUUGCCAGUGUCAAGCUGUACUCCAAGACGGAACUGAUACACAAACUACUCGAUUGGGAUGCUUACAUGUCAUACACACCCAGUGCUUUCUCUCUCACAUUAAAGGCUUCCCGCCACACACUGCUCCAGCAGGAUAUGUGUGUCCUACAUGUUCAACAUCAAUAUGGCCUCCUAAAAGCAUCAAAGAUUCAGGAUCACGUCUUCACUCGAAACUGAAGGAAGCUAUUAUGCAGACAGGAAUGGAAAAAAAUCUGUUUGGGAAUCAUCCUGUUCAAUUACCAACACCCGUUUCUCGUGCUCCACCCCCUGCUUUUGCUUCUGAUCCGCUAAUGGGGGGCAGAGAUAAAGGUCACACAGACUCUUCAGAUUCUGUAGCAGAUGGAAAUUCAAUAUCUGGAGUAUCCCCUGCAACUGGAUUAGGCCCUUCCAAACUUUCGACUCCUGAUAUUGUGGAAAUAGAUGAGCCGAAUCUGCUGAAAUCAACAAGUCCUGGUCCAGUUGCUACAACAAGAAAGGGUGCUUAUGUCGAUAGGCAAAACUCCGAAAUUUCCUACUACGCAGAUGAUGAGGAUGGGAACAAGAAGAAGUACAGUCGAAGGGGUCCCUUGCGUCACAAGUUUCUAAGAGCGCUAUUACCUUUCUGGUCUAGUUCUUUACCAACUCUGCCAGUUACCGCGCCUUCACGAAAAGAUGCAUCCAACCUUGAUGAGGUUGCUGAAGGUCAUGUUCGGCAUAAAAAGUCGUCAAGGAUGGAUCCAAGAAAAAUCCUCCUCUUCAUGGCAAUCAUGGCAUGCAUGGCGACGAUGGGUAUUUUGUAUUACAGAAUAUCACAAAGCAGUCUUGGUGAAAUCGGGCUUGAUGAUGAUCCGCAAUGAGUGAGGAUAUCAUUGUUUACCCUUCCAAUGGAGUUAGCUAAUUUGUGAAAGAUGCAGUUUCAAGUGAGCUUCUCUUGUCUUAUCACAAGCACUCAGAAAGAGCGAGAACUCAUGAUCGUUAUAAAAUUUUUCUCGCAGUGUCAGUAACUCAGCCCUCUGGCUUCUUAAUGUCAUUUACAUACUUUUUUCUUCUUUUUUUCUGCCCUGUCAUUACGUCAUACAUCAUACAUGUUCUAGUUUUGGAGUUGAAAAAAAAAAGCUGUGUUCUUCUUUACUACUUUUGAGUACUUCUGUUUUCCAGUGUAUCAUAUAAUAAAUUGGCUUCUGUAUCUCUUCAAAUUUAGGCUUGCAAAAUCAUAGUUUUUA